GCCCCGCCUCCCCAGGUCCCGCCCCGGCCCGCCGCCAUGUUGUUCCCUUGGCGCUGGACGUAGGCAGCCGGAGUUGGACCCGGGCAGCGCCGCCGCCUCCUGCGCGCCCGUCCCCGACUUUCCCUCCUCGUUGCCCCCGGACGCGCGGGCCGGGAUCUCCCGGGCGUCCUCUGCGCGGCCACGAGAAACUUCCUGCACUCCUGUCAUGAGCCCAGCGCUGUGGUGAAACACCUUUCCCUGUUGUCCAUGUCCCACUGAUUCUUCCUGACGGCCCUAGGAGAUAAUGAUGCUGCUUGAACUGAACAAUUAAGGGUCCCAGAGUCCGCGAUCUUGAGAGUAAUAAUGGCAGGAAAGUCGUCGCUUUUUAAAGUGAUUCUCCUCGGAGACGGUGGCGUGGGGAAGAGCUCUCUGAUGAACAGAUAUGUGACCAACAAGUUCGAUGCCCAGCUCUUCCAUACCAUAGGUGUGGAGUUCUUAAACAAAGAUUUGGAGGUGGAUGGACAUCUUGUGACCAUGCAGAUUUGGGACACGGCCGGUCAGGAGCGAUUCAGAAGCCUGAGGACGCCCUUCUACAGAGGUUCUGACUGUUGCCUGCUCACGUUCAGUGUCGAUGAUUCUCAAAGCUUCCAGAACUUGAGUAACUGGAAGAAAGAAUUCAUCUAUUAUGCAGACGUCAAAGAGCCCGAAAGCUUUCCUUUUGUGAUCUUGGGUAACAAGAUCGACAUCAGCGAACGGCAGGUGUCCACAGAAGAGGCCCAGGCCUGGUGCAGGGACAACGGCGACUACCCUUACUUUGAGACGAGCGCGAAAGACGCCACCAACGUGGCGGCGGCCUUCGAGGAAGCAGUUCGAAGAGUGCUCGCCACCGAGGAGAGGUCCGACCACCUGAUGCAGACAGACACCGUCAGUCUGCACCGGAAGCCCAAGCCCAGCUCGUCGUGCUGUUGAUCGGGAGGCCGCCCGCGGCAUCUGCGCAGCACAGGCAUGCGCAUGCAGCACAGGGUGCGGAGGAGAAUUCGAGUUUGCAGCAGCGGAUCAUCCACUUCGAAAAUUAAACUAACCCGCGUUGCUGCUCCGGUAGCGGGUGGGAGGAGGGGCGCCCACGCGUGGGAGUCCUGUACUCGGUAGUGGCACCUCGCUUCGUAAUCGGUA